AUGGCUAGCUUCACUCGGCCGAUUUCCUCGUCAAUUGAGGGGGUUGAUUUUAGGGUCCUCUCCAACGAGGAGAUCAAAACAAUCUCCGUCAAACUUAUAUACAACACCCCUACACUAGAUUCGCUGAACAAUCCAGUCCCAGGAGGAUUGUACGAUCCUGCUCUUGGAGCAUGGGGUGACCAUAUAUGUACUACAUGCCGUCUGAAUUCCUGGUCCUGCAAUGGCCAUGCCGGACAUAUCGAGCUGCCUGUCCAUGUAUAUAAUGUCACUUUUUUCGACCAGCUAUUUCGCCUCCUGCGAGCGCAGUGUGUCUAUUGCCAUCGCUUCAGGAUGUCUCGGGCAGAUAUAAUGUCCUACACGUGCAAGCUGCGACUGUUGCAGUACGGUUUGGUGGAGGAGGCUGCGGCGAUUGAUAGUAUGGAAGUUCGAAGAGGUAAAGGUAAUGCUGGUUCAGAAUCAGGAGAUAGUGAAGAUGAAGACGAAGAAGACCUUGUGAGGUGUCGGGAUGUGUAUGUCAAACGGUGUAUUCAUCAAGUGUUAGCCAGGAACAAGGAGGGGAAUUUUUUGCAUGGUACAAAGAAUCCCGUUGCUGCGGAACAACGGAGGAAUAUCGUAAGGGCAUUUCUUAAGGAUAUCACGGCUGUUAAAAAAUGCGCAUCUUGUAGCGGAGAUAAAUACUCAAAGAUAUUCAAGAAGCCGUUACCGCAAAAGGCUAAAGUCGCUAUGUCCGAGGCUGGAUUUCAUGUCCCCAACCCCCUGUUGCUGAUAAAAGAAGCGAACGACCUUUCCAAGAAACAUGGCCACCAGUCGCAAGGUUCUAAUAUGAAUGGCUACCUUGACGAUGACGAUGACGAUGCUAGUGUUUCGACGGAUUUACACGGUGCAGAACAGCAGAUUACCAUGGGCAAUGCAGUAUUGACACAAGUUGAAGAGAGGGGGUCUCGGAACAAUCCCAGUGAACAAGGGGCUCAACAAUUCAUGCCGUCGCCUGAAGUUUAUGCAGCGCUGCGCCUUCUCUUCGAAAAGGAACAAGAAGUUUUAGAUCUGGUAUACGACUCACGGCCAAAAUCAAAGCACCGCCCACGCGUUACUCCUGAUAUGUUCUUCAUUAAGAACAUUCUUGUGCCGCCAAACAAAUAUCGCCCAAUAGCUGCUACUGGCUCGAAUGAUAUAAUAGAAGCGCAACAAAACAUCUCGUUUACUAGAAUCAUGAAACUUUGCGACCAAAUAAACCAAAUUAGCAGAGAAAGACAAGGCGACAGCACAGAGUCUGUCACUAGGUUACGAGAUUACCGGGACCUGCUUCAGGCAAUCGUACAGUUACAGGAUGCGGUCAACAGCCUUAUCGAUCGUGACCGUAACCCGAACCAGGGAGUGGCAGGUAUUCAAAAUGAAGACGGUAUCAAACAGAGACUGGAAAAGAAAGAUGGGCUGUUUCGGAAAAAUAUGAUGGGAAAACGAGUUAACUUCGCCGCACGAAGUGUCAUAUCUCCCGAUCCAAACAUUGAAACCAAUGAAAUUGGAGUUCCUCUGGUUUUCGCGAAAAAGCUCACCUAUCCAGAGCCAGUCACAAACCAUAACUAUUGGGAACUUAAAAAUGCCGUGAUAAACGGGCCCGAUGUCUAUCCUGGCGCAGCUGCCGUUGAGAAUGAGAUUGGUCAAGUAGUGAGCCUGAAAUUCAAAAGCCAAGAAGAGCGACUCGCCAUUGCCAACAUGCUGCUUUCCCCUUCAAACUUCAAGAUGAAACGAUCGAGAAGCAAGAAACUGUUGUACAACUGUUUGCGACCAGAGAACUCCCUCACCGUAACCGAUAAGAUUCUUCUUAUGAAGCCGGCAAUAUUGCGACCACGAAAACUUUGGACUGGCAAACAGGUAAUCUCUACGAUUAUGAUGAAUAUUACACCAGAAAGGUUCUAUGGCUUGAACCUUACAGGGAAAUCAAGAACGUCAGGUGAUCGUUGGGGUGAAGGGUCUGAGGAGGGACAAGUCAUUUUUCGAGAUGGCGAGCUUCUUUGUGGUAUCCUCGACUCUGCCCAGCUGGGACCAAGUCCUGGCGGCCUCAUCCAUUCAGUCCACGAGAUUUAUGGACAUGUUGUUGCUGGAAAAUUGCUGGGUGUUUUAGGACGUUUGCUGACAAAAUUUUUGCAUAUGCGAGCGUUUACUUGUGGUAUUGAUGAUCUUCGCCUGACCAAAAAGGGAAACGAGGACCGGAGAAAGAAACUGCAAGAAGCCGAACAUAUAGGUCGUCAUGUAGCGCUCAAAUAUGUGACCUUGGAUCAAACCAAAUUUGAGGACGAAGAGGCUGAGCUUAAACGGCGCCUUGAAGAUGCUCUCCGUGAUGACGAAAAGCAGGCUGGAUUAGACGCUGUUUUAAAUUCGCAAGCUGCUGAUAUAUCAUCUGACAUUACAGCUGCCUGCCUUCCGGUCGGGCUCGAAAAGCCAUUCCCAUGGAACCAAAUGCAAACGAUGACGACAUCUGGAGCGAAGGGAUCUGUUGUCAACGCGAACCUCAUUUCUUGUAACUUAGGCCAGCAAGUUCUUGAAGGUCGUAGAGUGCCUGUGAUGAUUAGUGGGAAAACAUUGCCGUCAUUCAGACCGUUUGACACCAACCUAAUGGCCAGUGGUUUUGUCUCUGGGCGUUUCCUUACAGGAAUAAAGCCUCAGGAGUAUUAUUUCCACGCUAUGGCGGGUCGAGAAGGUCUUAUUGAUACUGCUGUUAAGACUUCAAGAUCCGGGUAUCUCCAGCGAUGCUUAAUCAAAGGAAUGGAGGGAUUAAAGGCAGAAUAUGACAACUCUGUUCGCGAGACCGCAGAUGGAUCUGUCAUGCAGUUCCUCUACGGCGAAGAUGGCCUCGAGAUUACCAAGCAGAAGCAUUUGCAAGACUUUCCUUUUUUGGCUCACAAUUUCUGGUCCGUCGUUGAAGAACUCAAUGGAUCUGACGAGUUUAAUAGAGUUAAGAGCGACAAGGCGGGAGACUGGAAUCGACAUGCCAUUAAAAAAUAUAGAAAGACGGGCAAAUUGGACUGUGUAGACCCCGCGCUUUCCCUUUUCCCUCCUGGAUCCUGCUAUGGAAGUACCUCAGAAACCUUCGCAAUGGCAUUAAAAUUGUAUCAAAAAGAAAAUCCCGAUCAAAUCCUAAAAGAGAAAGGCAAAGUCGAGAAAGGAAUUUCCAAAAAGGACUUUGCCAGGGUGAUGAAUCUGAAAUAUAUGAGAUCGGUUGUGGAACCCGGUGAAUCCGUGGGAAUUGUUGCGGGACAGUCUAUCGGCGAGCCGUCUACCCAGAUGACUCUCAACACUUUCCAUUUGGCUGGACAUUCAGCGAAGAACGUGACCCUUGGUAUUCCUCGCCUACGCGAAAUUGUCAUGACCGCUAGUAACCAAAUCCUUACACCCACUAUGACCGGCGUCCUGAGAAAGGAGCUUACUGAAAAGGAUGGAAGAAUUUUUGCUAAAGCGAUUAGCAAGCUUACCAUCGCGGAAGUCGUGGACACCCUUAGAGUCCAUGAGCGCGUUUCAUCUGGGUCAAGUCACGGGAUGGCAAAAAUAUACGAUUUAGAAAUAGAUUUCUUCCCUCCAGAGGAAUACACAGAAGAAUAUGCCAUCCAGAUUGAGGAUAUUCUCAAAACUCUUCAACACAAGUUUGUACCACGGCUUAUCAAAUUAACAAGAGCGGAGUUGAAGAAACGGACUGAUGAGAAAUCACUUUCUGCUUUCUCCGCUGCCCAACCCGACAUUGGUACAUCCACGGGCGUGGUGGAAGAACCUACCAGGCGUUUUGGGCAUGAAGCCAGAGACGCCGAUGCUGAUGAUGAUGAUGACGAGGAGGACCAAGACGAUGCGAAAAGGGCAAUGUCACACAUGAAUCGUUCAAAUCAAGUCUCUUACGAAGCUCCUGAUGACGGGGAGGAAGACAUUAUCCGUGGACAAGAUUCCCAAGAGCCAGACUCAGAUUCUGAUGAAGAAACUGACGGCAAUCACCAUGGGGAGCAUGCUGCGACUGAGGAUGUUGACAUGCAAGACACAGACACCGGCUCUGACUCAGAAAAAUUACAAAAGAGCAAACAGAGUGAAGACACUAUUACUGGGAAAUACGCCGAAAUCACUAAGUUCAAAUUUAGCCUUAAAAAAGGCAAAUCAUGCCAUAUCCAGUUACGAUAUGAUAUUUCGACACCUAAGCUGCUACUUCUUCCUCUAGUCGAAGACGCUGCCAGAACCUCUGUAAUCCAGUUCAUCAAGGGCCUGGGAGCCUGCAGCUAUAUCGAGGGUGACAGGGAAAAUCCCGCUCAUAUCGUGACUGAUGGUGUCAACUUGUUAGCCAUGCGCGAGUACCAGGAUUUCGUCUAUCCUCAUUCACUAUAUACCAAUUCAAUCGCCGACAUGCUCGUUAUGUAUGGCGUCGAGGCUGCCCGUGCGUGCAUUAUUCGUGAAAUGGCAGCCGUUUUCGACGGCCAUAGCAUCUCGGUCGAUAAUCGCCAUCUUAAUCUCAUUGGUGACGUUAUGACCCAUGCUGGUAGUUUCCGCGCAUUUAACCGCAUGGGUCUGGUGAAGGAUAGCACAUCACCGUUUAUGAAGAUGAGCUUCGAGACCACUGUUGGGUUCUUGAGAGAUGCCGUGCUGGAGAGGGACUGUGAUAAUCUGAAUGGCCCAAGUAGUAGAAUUGUGAUGGGCCGCGUUGGAACGGUCGGUACUGGUGCUUUUGACGUACUUGCUCCUGUCGGCUGA